AUGGAAACAUGUGGAUCAGAUGCAGAUGGCAUACAAGAUGGAAGGGCAGUGUCUCUUGGGAUGUUUGAAUUGAUUUCCGAUGAGCAAGAUUCAGUGUUGACAGAAGCUGGGUUGUUAGCCAGGGUUGAAGGCUGUGGUAAAAAUGUCUUCACUAAGGUUUAUGCAGAACAAAAAAGACUUGUCUUGACUGGAUUCUGGUAUUUGCUUGACGGACUCGUUUCUUGUGGAAGUAUCAUUGGUGACUGGUGA